UCACGUCGACUCUACCGAUGCGAGUUACAAAGUAGCAUUUUUUCAUUUUUCCGACAACUACGAGUAAACCAAACGAUAUUAGGUAUAGGUACUCGCAUUACGCCGUGAAUUCUUCGAUAGGUACACCACCUUUUAAUUGCAUACCGACACCGAGAGUAAGAUGGACUGUUGAAGAUAGAGAGACCACUGGUGCGGGUGCGGGUGCGGGUGCGGGUGCGGCGCGGCGCCACGUCACGCCGGAAAACCAUGUCACAUACGACUACGACUACGUGCACGUGUAUUGCGAACGACAGAAGCAGCGGUGGUCUAAUCGAGUGCGGCCACGGCCACGUCCACUGGCACUACCGCCAUCGUCGGCUGCAGCUUUUAAUUAAGCGUGGACCGCGAAUUCCGCCAGUCCGCCAGUCCGCCAGUCACGGCGUUUGUUGGUUUCCGCAGUCGCAGUCGCAGUCCUAACCGAAUCCAUGUGCGGAUGCGGCGUUAAACCAGCAUCUACGAGAAAAAUUUACUUAUCGUAGAUCAAGAUGAAGAUGGCUGGCACGCCAAUGACAAUGGCCGGCGAUACUAGCGCAGGAACCGGGCAACCACGCGAACGCGAACGCGAACGCGAACGCGAAAUCGAGAGGUCCUACAGUAGCGACGCGUUCCGAGAAAAAUUUCAAAUGAAAAAGGAGCUCGGCUUACUGGAGGGAGUCGCCAUCAUUUUGGGAAUUAUUCUAGGAUCGGGCAUAUUCAUAUCACCGAGCGGCGUUUACGAAGAGGCCGGAUCGUCCGGCUUCACGUUGGUCAUAUGGGUGCUAUGCGGCGUUUUGUCCAUGAUAGGCGCCAUGUGUUACGCCGAACUGGGCACUUCUAUACUCAAAUCGGGAGGCGAUUAUGCCUACAUUCGUGAAGGUUACGGCUCGUUACCGGCAUUUCUUUUCUUGUGGGACGCUGUCGUUGUGUUUGUACCAACUACGAACGCUAUAAUGGGCCUGACUUUCGCCAAUUACAUCACGCAACCCUUUUUCCCUGGCUGUGCUCCGCCUGACGCCGCCGUUAGAUUGCUGGCUGCCGUCAUCAUUUGUUUUUUGACUUUCAUAAAUUGCUACGAUGUGAAGCUAACGACGCGAGCUCAAAAUAUAUUCAUGUUUGCCAAAAUUGGCGCCGUGUCUGUGAUCAUAGUCGUCGGACUAGCAGCCUUAUAUUUCAAUAAAGGCGCUAAUUUUGAGAAUCUGUGGCAAGGCACAACCAACAAUCCUGGCAAAAUGGCGAUAGCGUUUUAUUCGGGAAUAUUCUGCUAUUCCGGAUGGAGUUAUUUAAAUUUCAUGACCGAAGAGCUAAAGGAUCCUUACGUCAAUCUUCCGAGAGCUAUUUACAUUUCUGUACCGAUCGUCACGUUGAUUUAUGUACUGGCCAACGUCGCUUAUAUAUCUGUACUAACUCCUCAAGAAAUGAUAUCAUCUCACGCCAUCGCAGUCACAUUUGCCGAGCAUAUUUUUGGCUCAUUCACGUGGAUUAUGUCGUUGAUGGUUGCCGUCGGAGCAGCCGGUAGCCUAAGCGUACACAUUAUGACUUCUUCGCGCAUGUGCUUCGUGGGUGCUCGAAGUGGUCAUUUUCCAGUCAUGUUAUCGUAUAUAAACAUCCAUAAGCUAACACCUACUCCUUCUUUGGUGUUCAUGAGUAUUUUAUCGUUGGUGAUGCUAUGUACUAGCGAUAUUUACGUAUUAAUUACAUAUUCGAGUUUUGUCGAGUCAUUCUUCAUAAUGCUAUCCGUGUUCAGUGUACUACUUUCGAGAUGGAAUAAUCCUAAUUUACAACGUCCCAUCCGAGUGCCACUCGUUGUUCCUAUAAUUUUCGUUAUCGUGAGCUUAUUUUUGGUAAUACUGCCGUGCUACGUGCGACCAGUGCAGGUCGCAAUUGGCGUAUCAAUAACGCUAGCCGGUUUGCCAGUGUACUUCCUUUUCAUACAAUCUCCUCGCAGGUCCAGCUGGUUCCAUAAUGUCAUCGAGGAGUCGACGCGGGCUGUUCAAAAAUUAUUUUUGUGUACUUGCGAAGAUGAUGCGUGAAAGCAGCGCAGUUCUGCGCCAUACUCGUACCGAAUUAUAUUCCGUUCUGUUCUGUUCUAUUCUAUUCAAUUAAUUUCAUCUACGAGUACUACAUGUUACCGCUCCGAGAGGGUGCGAUUACACUCGUAAUUACCUAUUGCAAUUAAGCGCGAUCAUUUUGCGCAGAAUUACCUUUUACGAGUCGCAUGUCUAGGUACUUGCCCGCAGCUAUUCCAUACCAAGGCUCAUAUUGCGGUAGAAUAAAAAACACGCGCAAUUCAAUUAUAUUUGUAAGUACGAGUACCUAUGUGUAUCGGACUACUUACGUGCUACUGUACGUACGGUACAUCGCUCGUACUUGUAAUUCAAUCUCCACUCCCUUUCCCUCCCCCCACCAAUUCGAAAAUGAUCUGUCAAUAAAAUCUAUUUUUGCA